GUAUUCGUACCUUAGGUAAGGUAGGAAGGCACGGCACCGGGUUCGUACGUCGUGCCCAACUGCCAUCCCGCACCUUCUUCUCCCGAUUGACUUAUAAACGGGAAGGCACUCCCUUUACCUUCCGCGUUCCUGCCCUCUGUCCUUCAAUUAAGGUACUCUACUCUAAUACUCAGCGCUCCACGUGACAUUCCAAUUGUUUACCUACCUACGGCACUCUCGAAUAAUAUCUCCCCCAGCCCAUCCACCGAGACACCUCACCUCAGCUCGCCUCACCUCGAGUAACAACAAACUUCUCUCCACCAACACUCUUCCAUCGUCAACUCACACAAUCACACACUUUCGCUCCACCACUGCGAAAUACUCACAAGCACGCUUCCAACAGCCUCGACAACCUUGACAUCAAUAUCAAUCGUAGGUAAGUUGAUAUAUCCCCGAUAUCUCUGAUAUCACGAGUCUUCAUUUUCUUCUUUUUGCGCUGGCUUCACUUUCUCCUACUCCCCUGCCACAAGCUGCUUGCUUCAGAUUUCCACCUUUGCCUGUUCAGUUCUUCAAGUACACGAAAAACGGAACAUCAACAUUUCACUGUCAGUUUGUUUACUCGUCUUGUGCGACCUUGGACCUGCCUCGGUCUUUCCCCAGUUACACCACACCUUCCCCCAGGCGCAGCUUCCCAAAUUUGCGUAACACUCAUUUCCUUCACCACCUGCCGCUCACCGUCUCGUGGCCUUCCUUUUCCCCUUCCACCCACCCACAAAGUUGUCUCUCCUCCCUCUUCACCACACCACCUUUUUCGUUCUUCACCAUCGCAAACAAUCUUUUAGCCUUUCUUUCCAAGCCCACGCACGCUCUUUGUCGCCAGGUAAUUUUGUUCAUUGACUGCUUUUGCGGAUUACCUCUCCUCACGGUUAUCUUAUUUUUGUUCUGGUUCGAUUGCGAAAAUCCGAGCUCUGCUAAUAUUCCACCUCCAGGUCCUUCAUUGCCGACUUUGUUCUCGCAAACGACUCACUCUUCAGUCUUACAGAACCCAUCAACAAUCAUUCACAAUGAAGUCUUCCAUCAUCCUCGGUGCUGGCCUUCUUUCUGGUGCCAUGGCUCAGGGCGCCUGUGGCACUGGCUGUAUCUCCGCCAUGCAGGGUCUCGCCUCUGACCUGGGCUGCACCGCUGGCGACAACGCCUGCCUCUGCCGCAACCCCAACUUCGCCUAUGGCAUUCGCGACUGCUCUUUCCAGAGCUGCGCUCAGUCUUCUGACGCUGAGGCCGCUGUCGCCUCUGGUAUUGAGCUCUGCCGCCAGGCCGGUGUCGUUGUCACCGUCAUCCCUGGUGCCACUGUCACUCAGCCUACUGGCACCGUUACUGCCACCGCUGUUCCGGUCGUUUCCUCGAUCUUCUCUGAGAUCACCUCUGGUGGCAGCACUCUCACCACUCUCCUUGGUGUUACCACCCUCACCGGUGCUGCCUCUGGUGGCGGCGAGUCUGCGACCCCUAGCCCGGUUUCCACAUCCACCUUCACCACUGUCAUUACCAGCGGCGAGUCCACCAUCACUUCCACUGGCGAGACCACCCUCUUCGGUGUUGGCGGUGUCCCCGGUGCCACCUCCCUUCCCCAGACCGCUGUCACUACCGAGCCUAUUGUUAGCACCAUCACCUCUGAUGGCAGUGUCAUCACCUCCACCAUCGGCUCGACCACUGUCCUUUCCUCCCUCACUGGAGGCGAGGCUUCCAGCGCUCUCUCCAGCCAGGCUAGCGAGGCUACUGGUGCCACCACCACCACUGGCGGCUCCUCUGGCUCUGCUUCCGGUUCUGCCACUGGCACCGCUGCCAGCUCCAGCUCCAGCGGCCUUGCCAAGCAGACUGCUGUCCCGGUUGCCGGCUUCCUGGCUGCCGCUGGCUUUGCCGCCAUGUUCAUCUAAGCGCCUUUCGCUCAGAUGACGAUGUACUUGCUUUUCUAAGUUGCGGUAAAUACCCGUCUGGACCCAUAAUCUUGGUUUCGACAUCCGGAUUCAUCCUCGCCUUCUACCAAUUUCGACUUGACACGACACGGUUGUGACGGGCUCAUUUUAGUGAAAUGGACAGGGAAGAUGAGGUGUGGAACAAGGACGAUUCGGAAUUUUUCUGGAGGGUCAAUCAGGCACAACGAGUUCUGGGCUGUCGAUUUUCGGACGGCAAUUAACAAUGGUUUGAUGAUACAAAUGGCUUUACACAAGGGACGUAAUGACUUGACGGACUGAUAUCCAAUGUGGUUUUGGUGGCCAUCAUAGGCACAUCGUAGGCAUUUGGCCGUAAAAUGGUGGUGGUGAGGUAGUUGGGGGCAACGUCUGUCCAAAAGUAGUAACACAUUUUUCCGCCA